AUGUCCACAUUAAACGUGAGUAUUGGAGCCCCGUUCGUCGAAGGUGAGAAGAAACAGGAAUUGUACGACUACCAGCAAAAGCUGAAACUGGUGGAGGCUGCCAAGGCCGAAUAUAGAAAGCUGAACCCACCUAAGCAAGCCGCUUCUACCGAGGCCGUGAACCUUGACGAUCCAGAAUUUGAUUUCGGGAAAUUUAUUUUGGGUGCUGUUGAGAAACUAGGUAGUUGA